AUGAUCGAUACUGGAUUCGAAGUUAACAAGAACCAAAAGACCAGAAAGAAACGAAGAAGCAAAGACCGGGUAAGAAAAGAGAUUUUUCUCUUCUCUCUGUGCCUCUGGAAUACAUCUGUAUCUGUGUGUUCGACACUGAGGAGAGAGAAAUGAUAAAGAGAUAGAGAUAGAGGGGGAGAGGGGGAGAAAGAGCAGAGAGACAGAGAGACAGAGACAGAGAGAGACCAAUAAUAUGUGGCGGAGGAGAGACGAAAAGGACGGUAGAACAAGAGGGGAGGGAUCAAUGCCGGUUGCCAGGGCAACCACGGCACCUGAUCUUCAUCCAUCCUGGACCAUACUUCUCAGUCCUGCCCCGUUCACGGGAACGAACUGGGACGAAAGGUUGAGAUUGUGUCUCAGAUUGAAACCGAAACGAGGAAAACGUAGGAACACUGUCAACCUCAUCCAAUUGAGCUCAUCCAAUUCAGACCUCGUGUACACUCCGUUUUUGGAUAUUGACAAUGGAAACCAAGUUAGAGGAGUAUCUCACGUAGUACUUUACAAAUGAAGGAAAUUUAAUUGAGAAAAUCAUACGAAUAUGCUUCAAAUCUACUUUUAUCUCUAUAUAGAUUCAAUAA